AUGAAUUCACCCAGCAUCCCAAACAAAAUAAUUAAUAAUUAAUAUGCUCUAAAGAAGAAAUUAUCAGCUGGGUCAUAUGGAGUUGUUUUUGAAGCUGAAGACUUAUAAAAAAAACAAAUGGUUGCUGUUAAAAUUGAGAAAAAAGAGAAAAAUUCAACACUUGAUCGAGAAAUACAUAUUCUUACAAGAUUAUUAGGUACUUAAGGAGUUCCAAAGUUAAUUUGGAGUGGAAUCGACAGCAAUUCCAAUGUACUUGUUUAAUAACUGUUAACAAAGGAUAUUGGAGCAUAUUUAAAAGAAUAUCGAUCAUUUUCAUUAAAAACUGUCUUAAUCAUAACAGAUUAUCUAUUAUAAAUAAUUAGGAGAAUUCAUAACAAAUCUGUUGUGCAUAGAGAUUUGAAACCAGAAAAUAUCAUGUUUCAUUAAAAACAAAUUUACAUUGUUGAUUUUGGUAUAAGCAAACUUUAUAGAGAUAAUAAUUUAAAACAUGCGUAAGAAUUAUAUAAUUUAUGAAAAUAGUCCAUUUAAAGAGGGUCGAUCCUUUGUGGGAACCACAAGAUAUGCUUCAAUAGCAGCGCAUAAAGGUUAGGAACUUGGAAGAAAAGAUGAUCUUGAAUCAUUGAUUUAUAUAGAUAUUCUAUUGUUAAAAGGGUAUUAUUCAGUGAUUAGAUUAGAAUAAAGAACUUUGCCAUGGUAGAACAUAUUAGGCUAAAAUAACAAAGAAAGAUAGAAAUAAGUUGGUGAAAAGAAAAUGAAAAUGACUCCUACUGAGAUUUGCAUUGAUCUCCCAAUUGAAUUUUCAAAGGCUUUAGAGUAUUUAUAAUAGUAAGAGUAUAGAUACAUAAAAUCAUUACAGUAUCAAAGCGAUCCAGAUUAUGAUUAUUUGAUUUAACUCUUUAGAAAAUUAGCUUAAUCUCGAAGAAUUGAAUAUGAUGAUGUCUAUGACUGGACUUAAUCAUAGAAUUAGUUUUUAGCAAGUAAUUAAAAAUAAGAAACUACUAUUAAAUAAAUAUCUUCUCUACAAUAAUUCGAAAGAUCUCCAAGAGCUAUGUAAAAUAAGUGGUAAUAAUACAGUCAUAUAAUAGUUAAUCGUUAAAGAUACCCUCAACAUAUGAUAUAUUCUAAGAUAGAAAAAAGUCGGUAUAGAACACUUCAUAAUUAGUGUUAUUGUAAGAUGAAUUAAAUAAAUCAGUCUUAAACACUUAUGUACUUAGCUAAAUUGCAAACGAUUAUGAUUCAAAGCAUGACUAUAUUUCUUAAGAUGAUGUUAAUGACACUCUAUUCUAAAGAUACAAUUAGUUAAAAACUCAAGUCUUUUAAAUGUAUCUCUUAAUCUAUACAUAGACAUCACUUGUAAAAUAUCAAGAAUCAAACUCAUAAAAUAACAGUCAAUUGA